AUGUUGGGUCCGUCACUAUCGCCAUAUUUGAGGCUUCAGAAAGAAAUAUGUUAUUGGCCUAUGAAGCAAAAAAUAUCUCUUCAAGUUAAAAACACAAAGGAAACUGCAUCUGAGCUGCAAUGCAGCAAGAAUAUGAAGGCAGGCACUAGUGAGGAAGCAAAUAUCAUAUAUGAAGAGGAAUAUGUAUUGAAUUCUCGAGGAAUGAAGCUUUUUGCGAGCAGAUGGUUACCGGUGAAUGGGAAUCCAAAAGCGAUAAUCUUCAUGUGCCAUGGCUAUGCCAUGGAAUGCAGCAUCACUAUGAACAGGAAUGGAAAAUCAGAUGGGCGUCAGGGUCUUGUUCUUGAUUUUAAUUCUCUCAUCAAUGACUGGUCCCACUAUUUCACCACAAUUUCUGAAAAGAAAGAAAACAAAAAGAAGAUGCAGGAGGUAACAGGAUUGUACCUUGUCUUGUUAGUGUUGUGCUGCACUAUCAUUCAGGCAUUUUCACAAACACCUGUAGCGUCCCCAAAACCAGCACAAAAAGCAGCAACAUCACCACCAAAGGCAACUACAAAAAAAGCACCGUCACCAAAGCCAUUAGUGCCAACACUGCCACAGUCACCAGACUCAUCAGAUGCAGCACCAGAUGACAUCAAAAAGAUUCGAAAGAAGGUGAAGAUAUUCAACGUCCUAAUUCGUCUGAUGAAAACAACAGAGAUAAUGAACAACAUCAACUCGCAGCUCAUAACAGCCAAGACAGGAGGCAUAAUGAUCCUAGCACCGGACGACGACGCUUUCACAGAUCAUUGGUACACGAAAUCGUGA